AUUGUUAUUGUUUUUAUUGAAUUGCUGAUAUAUUCUGGAUAUUAAUCCUUUAAUUGAGAUGUGGUAAAGUUCAAUUUAAAAAAAAACUUUAUUAUUUAUUUGAGCAGGGAGGGAGGGAUACAGAGAGUGGCAAAGAGAUUUUCCAUCUAUUAGUUUACCCCCCAAAUGGCUGCAACAGCCAGAUCUGGGCCAGACCAAAGCCAGGAGUCAGCAACUUCAUUCUGGGCUCCCACAUGGGUGGCAGGGGCUGAAGUAGCUGAGUCAUCCUCUGCUGCCUCCCAGGCACAUUAGUAGAAAGCUGAGUCAGAGGUAAAUCCUCUGUCUGAUACAGGAUGCUGACAUCAUAAGAGGCUGCUUAACACGCUGCCCUACAGCAGCUCCCCUGUCCCGCCCUGUGGUUUGACUUUGUAAGUGCAGUGUAUAUAGAAUUCAGUUCAGUGCAUGAGGCCUUGUUCUAUGUAUAUUGCUGUGAAAAUAAUUUUGUUCCAUGUGGAGAAGCUAUUCCUUGAGCAUCCUUAACCCAUGCAUGAGUUGCAUGACACAGAAGGCCAGCUUUCUGCUGCCUAGAAUAAAUGCUAAAGACAAAUUUCGCUGGAUAUUCUGCAGAGCUUAUUAAAUAUUGUGCUUUUGGAUGGGCUGGUAGCAAAUGUAAACCUUUUCACUUUUGAUGACAUCACAAUUGCUUAUUCUAACAUUCUGAUGCCUAUAAUACAGACGUGGAACUCCAUGCCUGUCAUGAAGAGGAAGGUAGGGGGUUGUGUAGUGAACCAGGUUGCCAAACGCUUAUUACGGAUAUCUGGGACCAUCUCAGGCACCAGGAGUUUUCAGAGCAACCAGGAAGGCACCAGUUUGAUAGGCAGCUUGGAUCCCAGAGAUACAACCUACUGAGUCCAUUCUUGUUUGCAAAUGGCAAAGCCACUGAAAGGAAAAGGAUUAUUCGAAACAUGCAGGUUUGCGGGAAGAAAAGGAGACAUGGGGCUUCUGGGUGAAAAAUGAGUGAGUGAAAGACACAGAUGACUUAGCAACACCAAAGCAGAGCGCAAGCUUCCCUCAGCCCCCUUAAUCAUCCUGCAAUGGGCGACACACAUCACCUUUCAUUCCGAGAAGUCUGCUGUUAGCAACUCCAGAUGAUGAGUUUCUUGAUGAAUUGAAUUCCUGAGUGUGCUUGGAGGAGGGGGAGGAGGAGCCUGUGCUUGUGGCUCUGAUUCUCUCGCAGCAACUGGCAGCCGACUUUUCCUGGCUGGCUCCUUGGACCUCAUAGAUCCUGCACAGUGCCGUCGGGCGCCAGGAACAACAGCCAUGUCAAGUCGCACUUCGGGAUUGAACAAAGUUAUCUCUGUCUAGCACGCUUCCAAAUGCAAUGAAAAAAAAAUGUAUGAACAGAUGGAGGAAUUCACUUGUUCCAUUUCCCUUUGGUGAAUCUUAGGAACUCUUUUGCCUGUGACUCCGACCUGAGCAUGCGCACACUGAGCACGCCCAGCCCAGCUCUGAUAUGUCCACCGACUCUGCCAGGAUUUCAGAAUGGAAGAGGCUCGUCCACCUCCUCGUCCUCCGUCACCGGGGAGACAGUGGCCAUGGUCCACUCCCCGCCGCCGACCCGCCUCACGCAUCCACUCAUCCGGCUGGCAUCGCGGCCGCAGAAGGAGCAGGCCAGCAUCGACCGGCUCCCGGACCAGUGCAUGGUGCACGUCUUCUCCUUCCUGCCCACCAACCAGCUGUGCCGGUGCGCGCGCGUCUGCCGCCGCUGGUACAACCUGGCCUGGGACCCGCGCCUCUGGAGGACUAUCCGCCUGACGGGCGAGACCAUCCACGUGGACCGCGCCCUCAAAGUGCUGACCCGCAGGCUGUGCCAGGACACCCCCAACGUCUGUCUCAUGCUGGAAACCGUGACUGUCAAUGGCUGCAAGCGGCUCACAGACCGCGGCCUUUACACCAUCGCUCAGUGCUGCCCCGAACUGAGACGACUGGAAGUCUCGGGCUGUUACAACAUCUCCAACGAGGCCGUCUUCGACGUGGUGUCUCUCUGCCCCAACCUGGAGCACCUGGAUGUGUCAGGGUGCUCCAAGGUGACCUGCAUCAGCUUGACUCGGGAGGCCUCCAUUAAACUGUCCCCCUUGCAUGGCAAACAGAUAUCCAUUCGCUACCUGGACAUGACGGACUGCUUCGUGCUGGAGGACGAAGGCCUGCACACCAUCGCUGCGCACUGCACGCAGCUGACCCACCUGUACCUGCGCCGCUGCGUCCGCCUCACGGACGAGGGCCUCCGCUACCUGGUGAUCUACUGCACCUCCAUCAAGGAGCUGAGCGUCAGCGACUGCCGCUUCGUCAGCGACUUUGGCCUGCGGGAGAUCGCCAAGCUGGAGUCCCGCCUGCGGUACCUCAGCAUCGCCCACUGCGGCCGCAUCACCGACGUGGGCAUCCGCUAUGUGGCCAAGUACUGCAGCAAAUUGCGCUACCUCAAUGCGAGGGGCUGCGAGGGCAUCACGGACCACGGCGUGGAGUACCUCGCCAAGAACUGCACAAAACUCAAGUCUUUGGACAUCGGCAAAUGCCCUUUGGUCUCCGACACGGGCCUGGAGUGCCUGGCCCUGAACUGCUUCAACCUCAAGCGGCUCAGCCUCAAGUCCUGCGAGAGCAUCACCGGCCAGGGCUUGCAGAUCGUGGCCGCCAACUGCUUUGACCUCCAGAUGCUCAACGUCCAGGACUGCGAGGUGUCCGUGGAGGCCCUGAGGUUUGUCAAACGCCACUGCAAGCGCUGUGUCAUCGAGCACACCAACCCUGCCUUUUUCUGAAGGGACAGCUUUCUUGCGUUGUUCUCACACAAACGGGAACCCAUCAAAAUGUUUGUUAAAAGCAGCCUAUGUAAGCACCAACACCCACUUAUAACGGCUCUUUCUUCCAGGAAGGUUCUUAGGAAUCUGGCUUUUGUGUCUCCUAAUUUUUCUUGGGCAUCAGAGGUCAAAAAGAAAAGAAAAAGAAAAACCUGGGUGGGGAGACAAAUUUUAGUUACAGCAAACAGUGUUUUGGGUCAGAUUGAUUGUAGGAAGUGUCUCUUGUCAUCGAAGAUGUACCUUAGCAGGCCAACUACAGUGUCUUCAGAAGUGCACCUUACUCAUUGUCCCCCACCAACUCCCAAAAUUCCACAUUCCCUCUCAGUCACUCCCCACCCCUCCCUUCCAACAGCAGCACAACAGGUGUGCCUGAUUUCCUCAUUAAACAGCUUGAUUGGCCUAAACCACACCCUUUAAUCUCACACCAGGAAAAUUUGGGAUAAAGAAAUGCCAUAGCAUGUGGCAUUUGCAAAGCACUUUCCAAACCUUUGUCAAAGGCCCACUGUUCCAAGAAGCACGGUAGAAACAUAGACCUACCUUCUUCUCCCAGCUCAGCUGCUAACAGGCUAUGCAAACUUGGCCAAAGCACUUCAGCUUUCUGUGCUUCUGGCAUUGAACUUAAGAUCAACUAGAUGGAGGAUUAGCUCAUGUCCAUUUCAGAACCCAUGGAACAGAGGUGGUUGUAAACAGAAGCACCAUGAUGUGCAGCACACAAACAAGCUUCCUUUUUCAAGAGGUGAUUCUCCUGAAAAGGUGGCAGGGGCUCUGAGGAGACUGCAGUACCAAUGUCAUUUCACAAAGCUUCCUGCAGGUCCUUCUGCUUCCAUCUGAGCCUCCCAUGCCCCUGGGCAGUUUCAUGGCUGAGCCUAUCCCACAUUUUCUCAUCUGUGCUCCAUAGCAUGGUUUCUGUGCACAACAGUUUCAGAAUCAUCUUAGCAAGGCCAGAAUGUCUAACCACCACAAAACCCAGAUCUCCCCGUCAAUUUGAUUUUCUCUGAGUAUUUUCAAAUAGAAGAAAAGACCCUUAAAAUUUUUAAUCAACAAGGGAGGCCCAAGGGAACACAUGUCCUCCAAAGUUUUUCUAAUCUCUCGAAGUACACAUGUGGCAGGCAUCAGGCACAUCUGCCCUGCAGCUGGUCCCAGAGACUCCUUCAUUCUUUGUCAUUCAGAUUGCAUUUCCACUUUUCUCAUCCAUUUAUUUCUUUAUGCAUCCAAAUUUCAAGUCUGUUGGGGUUAAAUCCAGAUUUGAAGCCUACCGGGGUUAAAUUUUUGUUUAAUUGUGCAAAUUGCCACCUUGUGUGCCUCCCCCACAGCUGUCUGCAAGUUUCCCAUCAAAGAAUGCCAAGCAGAUUUAUUUCCAGGUGUAAGUGAUGCUCACUCAGAAAUGCCAAAUGGAAGUGACAACACAUUAAUAAGGCUGAGAUGCCAGUCCAGCAACCAAGCCCUUGAAAUAGAACAUGAAAAUCAUUACAAAAUACAAAUGUUAAGUGGAUGGAAUUUUAAAUGAACCUAUUUGGAUAGAGAGCUCUUACUAGUCUCAUUUGUAUGAAAUCGGGUGGCCAGAAUAAAUUCCAUUGCUAGUCUUUACAAAAUUCAGUUGUCUUGUCUUAGGAAACACAUGACUUUUUUCAAAUUAUUCUCCAGCCAUGCCCCCUCCCUCCUUAACAGUUCCCCUAACCCAGCCCAAAACCUCUGUAUCUCCAAGACAAGUGUAUCCGAUUUGUUUCAGACCAAGCAAACACUGUUCGACAACUGCACUCCCACUGUAGGCUCCUGUGCACGCUGUCCUCUGUUGGAAAGGAGGAAUUAGAGUGAUGAUGUGACAUCUGGCCUGGAGGUUUCUUUCAUCCAUCAUGUAAAAACCACAGACUCCUGUCCACUCAACUUCACCAUCAGCUUAGAUGUGCAAUCAAAACUCUGCCAUGGAGAAAACCAGUUUGGCUAGGGAUAGGAUCUAGUGAUAGCCACAGAGCUUAGAACCAUGAAGGAAGCUGAAGGCAGCAUUCCUCUGCUCUGUGACUGGUGAUCCUAUUGGAAGUUUCAGAAUGUGAGAAUCACAAAGGACUGUCCUCAGCCCCCAGCACUAGGACAUCCAAGUGAGCCACUUGAAUGCUCCCAGAAGACACGCGAUGGCUCCCUGAACCAUUCUGAAUAUCUUUAUUGCCACCGCCUGAUCACAUCACCUAAGCAGUCUUCCAACUAUGAGACUAGGCAGAUUUUUCACACUGAUUGCUCAGCAGAUAUUGUCUUUCCAACUUUCUCCAUUGUUUCCCUGCCCCUCCACUCUCCUCUUCAUCCAUUCUGCUCUUCCUUGGGGUGUGAAUCUGUGACAGAGGUUAUUGGGAAACAGCUCAGCAGAAUUUUAGAGACCAAGAAAAAAAAAAGCCUCACUAGGAAAUGUAUCUGUUUUAAAACAUUUGCUUCCUUCCUGGCUCUGCUAAAUUGAAUGCUCAUCGUUUUUGUAAUUCUAAUGUGCAAAUCACUGCGUGCUGUAUGACUCUAGAAAGCCUUAAUUUACUACCACCAAGAAAUAAAGCAAUAUGUUGGUAA